CACUUCCGUCUCAACCGGACUACAAACCAACGUCGGAUCACAUAAAUAUUCUUCAAGAAGUCACCGGCGAAAGGUACGAAUGAUUUAUUUAAUUCAUUUAUAUAAUCAUGAUUAGUUAUAAUUAAUUUUAAAAAUCGUUAUGAAGAUACUAACAAGUGAUUUCUUUCCUAGUUCGAUCGAAGGACGUUUGGUUAGAAGUUACAAGAGGAGUUUCAACGGGUUCGCUGCCCGGCUCACUGAGUCAGAACGACAAAGAGUAGCCGAAAUGGAGGGAGUUGUGUCCGUGUUCCCAAGCAUGAACUACAAACUCCAUACAACGGCAUCUUGGGACUUCAUGGGAAUGAAGGAAGGAACAAAUACAAAACGAAACUUGGCCGUUGAGAGUGAUACUAUUGUAGGAGUUUUGGACACUGGGAUUUCGCCAGAAUCAGAAAGCUUUUCCGGUAAAGGCUUUGGUCCUCCUCCUAAGAAAUGGAAAGGUGUUUGCUCCGGCGGCAAAAACUUCACUUGCAACAACAAGUUGAUUGGAGCAAGAGACUAUACAAACGAAGGCACGAGGGACACUGAAGGCCACGGUACACACACAGCAUCAACAGCGGCUGGAAACGCGGUUGAGAACGCAAGUUUCUAUGGAAUCGGUAAUGGAACUGCAAGAGGCGGCGUUCCAGCAUCCAGAAUAGCAGCAUACAAAGUCUGUAGCGGGUCAGGGUGUAGCACGGAAUCUAUACUAUCGGCUUUCGAUGAUGCUAUCGCAGAUGGUGUCGACGUCAUCAGCGCCUCCCUCGGGGGAGUCACCACCUACAUGUACGAAAAGGACCCAAUAGCGAUAGGGGCUUUUCACGCUAUGGCCAAAGGGAUUCUCACUGUGCAGUCAGCUGGUAACAGCGGUCCAAAUCCAACCGUGAGCGUAGCACCGUGGAUCUUAACCGUUGCAGCUAGCACCACAAACCGUGGGGUUUUCACUAAAGUCGUUCUCGGAAACGGCAAGACACUUGUCGGAAAAUCAGUGAAUGCUUUUGAUCUGAAAGGAAAACAGUAUCCUCUUGUGUACGAACAAUCGGUUGAGAAGUGUAAUAACGAAUCUCAGGCGAAGGGAAAGAUCGUUGUGUGCAGUUAUGCGAUUGGUUCGGACGUAGCUGUUGCAUUCAUAUUUAAACACAAAACAGAAUUUGCCACUGUUAGCCCUUGGCCCAUCUCUUUUCUAUCACUAGAGGACUUUGGCUCUCUCAUUUCUUACAUUAACUCCACAAAGUCCCCGAAAGCGGCUGUGCUAAAAAGUGAAGCAAUAUUUAAUCAGGCAGCUCCUAAAGUUGCUGGAUUCUCUUCUCGCGGUCCAAACACUAUCGCUGUUGAUAUUCUUAAGCCGGAUAUAACAGCACCAGGAGUGGAAAUCCUUGCUGCCUAUUCACCUUUGGUUUCACCAUCUGCAACAACGCUGGACAAUAGGCGUGUGAACUACACUAUUACCUCAGGAACUUCGAUGGCCUGUCCACACGUUUCAGGCGUGGCUGCGUACCUCAAGACAUUUCAUCCUGAAUGGUCUCCUUCCAUGAUCCAAUCUGCCAUCAUGACAACCGCUUGGCCGAUGAAUGCGUCUGGAACUGGCGCAGUCUCUACCGAGUUUGCUUAUGGAGCUGGACAUGUCGACCCAAUAGCAGCUUUAAAUCCAGGACUCGUCUAUGAAUUAGGCAAAUCAGACCACAUCGCCUUUCUCUGUGGCAUGAAUUACAAUGCUACUACCUUAAAACUCAUCGCCGGUGAAGCUGUCACUUGUACUGACAAGACCUUACCAAGAAACCUAAACUAUCCUUCAAUGUCAGCUAAAUUGUCGAAAUCUAACAGCUCCUUCACAGUGACUUUCAACAGAACCGUAACCAACAUAGGUACCUCCAACUCAACAUACAAAUCAAAAGUUGCCAUAAAUAACGGAUCUAAGCUCAACGUCAAGGUCUCGCCUAGUGUUCUAUCCAUGAAGUCAGUGAACGAGAAGCAGUCUUUCACGGUGACUGUUUCAGGCAGCGAUCUCAACCCAAAACUGCCUUCAUCUGCAAAUCUAAUCUGGUCUGAUGGAACACAUAACGUGAGAAGUCCCAUUGUUGUUUAUACUGAUGGUUACUAA